AUGGCUGGAUACGACCUCCUCGUUCUCGGUGCAACAGGCUUCACCGGAAAACUAAUCACUCGAUAUCUCUAUGCCCACCCCCAACACAAGAACCGCGAGUUCACUUUUGCUAUCGCAGGCCGCUCGCUUUCAAAAUUGACAGCCCUCGCAAAGUCUAUUGAUUUGGACACCUCGCUCGUACCCUCUGUGCUGGUCGACGUUACAAAUGCAGAAGAUGUCGAAAGGGUGGUGAAGAGUGCCAAAGUAGUCAUCAAUACGGUGGGCCCGUAUUGGACCUGGGGGACGCCUGUUGUUCGGGCCUGUGUUCGACAUGGAGUGCACUACGUUGAUUUAACUGGAGAGCCUCCUUGGGUUCGCGAUAUCAUCUACGAAUUUGACUAUGCUGCAACCCGUACCGGCGCCAUCAUCGUCCCAAGCUGCGGAAUGGACUCUAUUCCGUCCGAUUACUCCGUAUACCUCUCCUACAAACAUCUUGGGUCUUUGGACCAAAUUCACGGAUGGGAGAUGCUGGACUCGACGACGGCUUACAACCUCCGCGGUGGAGUCUCUGGCGGGACUAUAAGCACGGGGUUGACCAUGCUCGAGAAUGUCCCACAAGAGAAGAUGAAGGAGUCAUUUAAGCCGUAUGGUCUUAGUCCUGUCAAAGGCCCCCGUAUCGCACCUCGCCGCCUCGUGUACACCAUGCCCCACAUCCCACGUCUCGUCGGCGCCUUCUUCUUCAUGGCCCCCGCAAACCGCGCGCUAGUCCAGAGGACCUGGGGCUUGUUGGAGAUGGUCUCCCUCCAAUCAUCCCCUUCCCCAUCCAGUUCACCGUCUAGCACGCCAAGUAUAAACGGCAUCACGACGGGUAAAGUCGUGAGAUACGGUCCCAACUUCACGUACGAUGAGUUCCUCCAGAUGCCAUCCAAGAUAUCCGCCUUCACGCUGUCCGUGGGCAUGAUGGCUGUUGCCGCGUGUUUGGUCGCUCUCAAGCCCGUACGCUGGCUAUUCAAACGCCUGGUCACUCAACCGGGCGAGGGACCCUCGGAGGAGACGAUGCAGAAUGGGUACAUUCGCGUUACCAACGUCACCACCGCUGUUCCUGCUUUCGCCAGCCCCCCAACGGCGUCAGCGUCAACGCCAACAACUAAUGGUAAUAUCGAACCGACGGUUGUAAAAUCACAGUUCAUCGGCCAAGGCUGCCCAGGGUACCUUCUUACUUCGAUAAUGAUAUCCGAGUCGGCGCUCUCCAUCCUCCUUAUGCGCGACCGACUCCCAGCUCUGGCGCAGCGCGGAGGCGUGUUGACGCCUGUUACGGCGUUUGGCGAUGUGCUUGUUGAGAGACUGGAGAGGACCGGGAGAUUUGAGUUCCGGAGUGAGGUGCUUGACGCGAAGAGCGGGGAGGAUAGGAAGAGGAGGUGA